AUGCUCGUUGUUUUGCGAAGCAGAAAUUCCCCCUUAAAUAGGAACAUCUUUCAACCAAUCGCACUUGUCUCGGUGAAAUAUCCACAGGUCAAAAGCAUACCGGAUACCUUCACGUCAUUGCACACUUAUUUGAACUCGUUCAAAUGCCCUCUGAUUGAAGAAGUACAUGCUGAUGUCUUUUCAUCAUUGGACGGUUAUGCUCAGGCAAACUUUAUAGAAAUAAUGUGGGUGGAGAAACUUGAUGAUGAGAAAUCAAUAUUCUGUUUUGAGGUUUCCGAGCCAUCAAAGAAUCCGAAGUCGAGGGAGACAUACGAUCCCAAAGAAGGGGACAUCAUGGUUGUGUCCUUGCAGAAACCACAACAUGUGUCUGAUUUGACACAAAAUAAGGGAUCAUAUGUUUUAGGUUCAGUUCUAAAAUGUGGAGACAAAGAAGACGGAGACAUCCCACCCAAUUGUUGUAUUGUUCGGUUUUCAUCCACUAUUCCUGUUGAAGUAGAUCCAGAAACAAAAAUUCCUACGGGGCCAUCAUUUGCUGUGUUUCUCAUAAAUAUGAAGACAUACAACCGUAUAUGGGGUUGCCUUUAUGCGGAAGGAGAGCAUCAGAACGGAAACAGUAGUACUGGCAUCGUCGAUCUGGUGUGGCGAUACAAGCAAAGGGUAGUGGAUGAUCUCUCGUCAUGCUCGGAGAUAUCUCAAUGCUUCACUCAUAGAUCAAUUGAUGGUCUUGGCCUUGAGAAGUUCAACUUAAAUGAUUCACAGCUGAAUGCAGUAGCAGACUGUGUCUCAGUAAUGGAGAACCACUCACCUUCCCUAAAACUAAUAUGGGGGCCCCCUGGGACAGGUAAAACAAAAACUAUCAGCACUAUCCUGUGGGCAAUGCUCAUCAAGGGCUUAAAGACACUUACCUGUGCACCAACCAAUACUGCCGUAUUGGAAGUUGCAUCUCGAAUUGUCAGGCUUGUUGGAGAGUCCUCAGAUGGUAGCGUCUGCUUUCUGAAUAACAUUGUCCUGUUUGGAAAUAAGGAGAGGAUGAAAAUAGAUGGUGAUCAUGAUCUUUCCACGGUAUUCCUUGACUCACGUGCAAAGCGGUUGUCGUCAUGUUUCGUACCACAUACUGGUUGGAGGCAUUGCUUGUGCUCACUGAUAGAUCUUAUUGAGAAUCCUGUGACCAGGUACAAAUUGCAUAUUGAGCAUAUUCUUAGGGAAAAGGAGAUUUCUGAAAAGCAUGGGGACAAACGCCUCCAGCGCAAGGAUACAAUCCAUAACAGGUCUGAAGGUGACGAAGAAGAGUGCCAUAAGGAAGGAUGGCAUGACUAUGAAGCUAUGAUGGAGGCAUUCAGAGAAGUACCAUUCGAGAAGUAUUUGAAAGAUAGAUACAACAAACUUUCUGAGGAUUUGUGUUGUUGCAUUGAGAUACUGUAUAAUGAUUAUCCAAGAAGCUCUGAAGCAGAACAGAGUUUUCAGUGUAUGCUGGAAGUGCUUGAAUUAAUCGAAAUUCUCCAUGCUUUUAUAAAUCGUGACAGGGGUAAUGAUGAUAUAUGGUCAGAGGAACUUCUUGAGGGCAAAGUAGAAGAGGACAGUAAUCCUAUUUCCUGGCCUGAGAAGCUAGCCUGUGUGCGGACUAACACAUGCAGUAAAUCCAAGUUCAAGCUGGCCAGAUCCCUGUGUGUGCAAGAAUUAAGAUAUCUUCGCAAAAACUUGGAGCUUCCAAAUUAUUACACCAAGAGGGAAAUUCAACUGCAUCUUCUGCAGAGCGCGAAAUGCAUUCUUUGUACAGUUUCCAGUUCUUUCACGUUGUACGGUGUGCUCAUGGACGAUUCUUCUUCUGUUAAGUUGAAUCCUCUGGAGUUGCUGAUUGUUGAUGAGGCUGCACAGCUUAAAGAGUGUGAGACCUUAAUUCCCUUGCAGCUGCCAGGCAUAAAGCAGGCUGUUUUUAUUGGAGACGAAUAUCAGUUACCUGCUCUGGUGAAAAGCAAAAUAUCUGACAAUGCUAAAUUCGGGAGAAGUGUUUUUGAGAGGUUAAGUAUGCUGGGUUAUAGUAAGCACCUUCCGUUUUACGAUGGCAAGAUAUCUGACGGUCCCAAUGUCACUACUAAGAGCUAUGAAAAGAGAUUCUUAGCAAGCAAAAUCUUUGGGUCAUACUCAUUCAUAAAUGCAGAUGGAGGACAUGAAACAACUGAGAAGCACGGACGUAGCCUGAAAAACACAAUUGAAGCUGCUGCAGUUUCGCGGAUAGUGCAGAGGUUGUUCAAAGAGUCAUUCUCUACAGGAAUCAAAAUCUCAGUUGGUGUUGUGUCCCCAUAUAAUGCUCAAGUUAGAGCAAUCUCUGAAAAGCUUGGGAAAUCCUAUGAUAGGUAUGACGGUUUCUCUGUGAAAGUGAAAUCUGUGGAUGGUUUCCAAGGCGCGGAGGAAGAUAUUAUUAUCAUAUCAACAGUGAGGAGCAAUAAAGCUGGUUCUGUUGGAUUUCUCACAAACAUGCAGAGGACCAAUGUGGCUCUCACAAGAGCUAAGCACUGUUUAUGGAUAGUAGGAAACGGGACGACUUUAUCCAACAGCAAGUCUGUUUGGCAGAAUAUAGUCAAAGAUGCGCAAGACCGAGAUUGCUAUUUUGAUGCCGAUGAAGAUAAAGAUCUAUCAAAUGCAGUAAUCAAGGCCGUCAUCGAGCUCGACGAUGCUGAUAAUCUAGUGAAAAUGGACUCGCUGCACAUAAGCAAGCCAAGGUUUCAGGUAUUACCAAAAGCCUUCUGA